AUGACCAACAUGUUGGCCUCCUCGCUGAGGGUAAAUGGAUGGAACAGGUCCUUCAAGCCAGACUUCGUCCUGAUUCGCCAGCACGCCUACAGCAUGGUCCCAGGUGAGGACUUCAGGAACCUCGUGAUUGGUUUGCAUUUCGGCGGCGUCCCGAGUAGCAACUCCCUCUUCUCCAUCUACAACUUCUGCAGCAAGCCCUGGGUGUUUUCUCAGAUGAUAAAGCUCUACCACUCUCUCGGCCCUGAGAAAUUCCCCCUGAAUGAACAAACCUUCUACCCCAACCACACACAGAUGGUGAGUGCCUCAGAUAUUACUCUUCAUCCACACAACACACAUAAAUCACCAUAAACCUCCUGUAGGCAGAUGUUCAUUAAAUCUUUAUUAUAAAAAUAUAAAACACAGAAAUUAAGUCAAACACUUCUAUAACCCCUACAAGGAACCCCCCUCACACACACUUCAGGAAUCAGACUGUACACAGCUUCCUUGAUUGGGUUAUUUUUUAAACUUGACCAAGUCUUUCUGUGUUAAGCAGACAGUACAUUUACACAAACAUGAACCACAGAAAUAGUGACACAGAAACGCCACAGCUGGAGAAAGAGCUUUGUCAACACAUACAGUACAAAGACAGAAAGGACAUGUUUUGUACAAAAUAAAAUCUCUACUGAUACGCGACUCGAAGGUCAGUAAUUAUUAACUUCUGUUGUACUGUCUUAAAACUAAAUGACACGUAAUCCGGACUCGGUGUAAUGUUGCGUACUCAUGCCAAAGAGUCAUCAUCGAGAGGAGGCAGACAGAAGGAAAAGUAUUCAGCAGUUCUGUGUAGAAAACUUUGAGCGAGUUACAAAAAUAAGAUAGCUUUAGGGUUGUCUUUUUUAAUAAUUUAGAGAAACGUGUCAAUAUUUGACUUUAGUUCCAGAUACAAUCUUCCUCCUCUGAUGUGAUCCGACCUUAGCUUUAGUUCCCAGAGGUGGUUUAAAUACUGUUUCACAUGAAAGACACAUUUUUGGAAUAGAGAU